AGCCAAGCCAAAACAAGCUGGCCAAGGGAGCGUGUUGAGCGUGUGCUGUGCGUGCUUGAUGUGCCUUCUGACUGAUUUUUCUGCCGACAGAUAGCUGAAACCCCUCAAGUCGUCAAGGGGUAAGCGGUGUUCUCCCGCAUCGCGAGAUCGCGCGACGCGCGGCCGUUCGACUGACGACUCUCGGACUUUUGUUCAGCGCCGCCGAAGGCAAGCCCGCUGAAGGUUCGUCGGCUGGGAGGAAACGGUCGAGUGCCAUUCGAAGCUUUUUGACCAGGCCCGUCUUGGUUUCAGGAUGGCUUACCGUCGGACAUUCGCGCACAACGUCCAGCCGUACAGCGUGCCUCAGUCGAGUCCCAAACCCAUUCCAUACCGUCGCCCCGGCGAUCGUUCGGGCUUCGGUUUCUCGGCCGAGCCAGCGCCGGGACCACAGCCGCACGACGACGAAGAUCGCGACGGAACCGUGAGCACCUCGCAGGCCAUCGCGGCGUCGCCCACCCGCGCCUCACCGUACAGGGCGCCAACGCCUCAGCAAUCUCAGCUGCGGAAUCCUCGUCCAGCGGUUGCGGCAGCCGAGGUCGUCGCGGCGCCCGCGGCCCCCUGCGCAUCCUGCGGCCGGGGGUGCCGCGACGUCCGCCACGCGUGCACCUGGACGGUGCAGGUGGGCGAGUUGCCCAUCUCGUACGUGUCGCACGACGAGUGGCGGCAGCAGGCACGGCCCGAACGCGGCGCGGCCCCGGAGACCGUGCCGGAGCCCUUCCGCGGCUGCACCCUGAGCGACCGGCACCCCCGCGAACCCAAGGCCGGCUACUCAGACGCCGAGCGGGAGCGCCUGUGUCCGGUCUGCGGCACCCUGGUGCUGCACUGGGAGACGCACUUGGCGGGCGGGCUGCACCGGUCCCGGGCGCCCCCUGAGCGGGCCCAGCCCGUGCCCAGCCACAUGGACGUAGUGGCCGCGCUGCAGGUACUGCAGGCGGCGAGGCCAGACCUGAUCGCGGCGCCGCUGGCGGGGGCCUCGCCCGAGGCCCUGCUGGCCGCUGCAAGGGCCACGGCGCAGGAGGACGUGCAGCAGCAGGAACAGCCGCGGCCGAGCCGCUGGGGUCCUGAGCCCCGGAAAGUGUGGACCGCUCCGCCCACGGUCCUCUCGGAUGAUGCACUCCUGGGCCCGGGCCGCUACACAAGAGAGUCUGCAGCCAACAAUCAUGCUCCGCCGACCUACGUUUGGAGGUGACUUCCCGGACAAGCAGCCCACUCGUUCUCUUCGACAUCCUCAAAUAAAAUUAUGUUCCUCGUUCACACCCCCAAAAUGGC